AUACAAAUGAGGUACAUAGCUGCACUAGGCUACAUAUGAGGUUAGGGUAAAGGGGUAAAGGCCCAGAAGAAAAUGGAGGACCAUCUACGUACACCAUUAAAACAUUUUAUCAUCAUUCAUAUUAAAUUACCUCGUAUACGCAUGGCAGCUUACAAAGCAAUACCCACAAACCAGCCUUGUUCAAUUUCUCAAUAUUUAAAAUUCCCGUCGAGCGGUACGCCAUGCAACGUUGAUGUGUUUUUUGUUCUCUCGAAAACUGAUAGCAGUUAUCUUAUUUUUGAGUUCUAGUCCAAACAACACCGUAAAAUAUUUUCAUUCCAAUUUUUCUCUUCAGAAAAGUUUAAUCUACGAUUAUAUCAUUUUCCCCUCUUGUAAUCUUAUGUAGAAGUGUUUCAAAUUUAAUUAUUUAUGGUCGGAUGUGGUCCUUUUGCUAUACUUUGCGUGUUAAAACACGUUUUCAAAUGUGAUUAUCUUUUAUACUACACAGUAGAAUUGUUUAAUAUUUUGAAAAAAACUUUUGAUAAAUAUCAGUUGCAAUGUUUAAUCUUAUUUACGACAUAACAUGCCAAUCUCCUUAAAGAGAAGUCUACAGGUGUACAGUUGAUGAAGUGCUGGAUGCUGAAGAGCAUAAUGUUUCAUGGCUUACUCCUCAUCAUAGCAUAUUCAAGCCAACUGAAAAUGUAUGGUUUCAGACAAAGGGAUACUUCAUUAAGAAUGUUCUUGCAAGAUCUUGCAAGUAUGAAUGGAAAAGGCUUUUGA